GCGAACGGAUUUCAACGAGUACCGACGACGUCUACGGCGCUGGCGGCGGUUCUUAACGUGUAUGUUCGUGUACGUUUAUUAAGUUAGAAUAGGACUCCUCCCGGCAACUCCCGUUUCAUCGGUGGUCUAAUCCAUGUGAAGGUAAACCUUGCGAAUUGGACCGAAGCAGGGGUUUCGAGUGCGAGACUAGGCCCAGACCAGUUAAAACAGGCCGUUUGCCGGGGCGGGCGGCGGCGCCAUGAGCGUGCAGGAGUAUGAACCAAGUUCGCAGACUCUCACCUUUUUGGAUUCCGAGGAGGCCGAACUGCUCGGGGCUGACACCCAAGGAACCGAGUUCGAGUUCGCAGAUUUCACGCUACCCAGUCAGACUCAGAGUUCUCCCGGGGAAACAGUCGGACACCUUAACUCUCAGGUUAAUGCACCUAAUAAUGUCCAACAAAAUGGUGCAGUAGAUGAAAGUCUUGUAAAAACUAGCCAACCCUUGGCAGAAUUGAAUUUUGAAGAAGAUGAAGAGGAUACUUAUUAUACAAAGGAUCUCCCUUUGCAUGCUUGCAGCUACUGUGGUAUCCAUGACCCGGCUUGUGUAGUUUUUUGCAUUGCCAGCAAGAAAUGGUUCUGUAAUGGUCGGGGAAACACUUCUGGCAGCCACAUUGUAAAUCAUCUGGUAAGAGCAAAAUGCAAAGAGGUGACCCUCCACAAAGAUGGUCCCCUAGGAGAAACUGUUUUAGAGUGUUACAACUGUGGAUGCCGUAAUGUGUUCCUUCUUGGCUUCAUUCCUGCCAAGGCUGAUUCAGUAGUUGUACUACUAUGCAGGCAGCCGUGCGCUAGUCAGAGCAGCUUAAAAGAUAUUAAUUGGGACAGUUCACAGUGGCAGCCCCUUAUCCAAGAUCGCUGCUUCCUUUCUUGGUUGGUAAAGAUUCCUUUGGAACAGGAACAACUGAGAGCACGUCAGAUUACUCCUCAGCAAAUGAACAAACUGGAAGAGCUCUGGAAGGAAAAUCCCUCAGUAACUCUGGAAGAUCUUGAAAAGCCUGGUGUUGAUGAAGAGCCGCAGCAUGUCCUACUCAGAUAUGAGGAUGCUUACCAGUACCAAAAUAUAUUUGGUCCUCUUGUCAAAAUUGAGGCAGAUUAUGAUAAGAAACUCAAAGAAUCCCAGACCCAAGAUAACAUCACAGUAAGAUGGGACCUAGGCCUCAACAAGAAAAGAAUUGCAUAUUUCACUUUGCCGAAGACUGACUCUGAUAUGCGUCUUAUGCAGGGAGAUGAGAUAUGUCUACAAUAUAAAGGAGACCUUGCCCCUUUGUGGAAAGGAAUUGGUCAUGUUAUUAAAGUCCCUGAUAAUUAUGGUGAUGAAAUCGCCAUUGAACUGAGGAGUGGUAUUGGUGCGCCUGUGGAAGUCAUCCAUAAUUUUCAAGUGGAUUUUGUAUGGAAGUCUACUUCAUUUGACAGAAUGCAGAGUUCAUUAAAAACAUUUGCUGUGGAUGAAACUUCAGUAUCUGGCUAUAUUUAUCACAGACUGUUGGGUCAUGAAGUGGAGGAUGUAAUUGUUAAAUGCCAGCUGCCAAAACGAUUUACAGCCCAAGGUCUUCCUGACCUCAAUCAUUCUCAGGUUUAUGCAGUAAAGACUGUUUUACAGCGCCCUCUAAGCCUUAUCCAAGGACCCCCCGGGACUGGGAAAACUGUAACAUCAGCUACAGUUGUUUAUCAUUUGGCUAGACAAGGCAAUGGGCCUGUGCUGGUUUGUGCUCCAAGUAACAUAGCUGUAGAUCAGCUGACUGAGAAGAUUGAUCAAACUGGACUCAAGGUGGUUCGCCUCUGUGCUAAGAGCCGGGAGGCAAUUGAUUCUCCAGUUUCUUUCUUGGCGUUGCACAACCAAAUCAGAAACAUGGAUAGUAUGCCUGAGCUCCAGAAACUACAGCAAUUGAAAGAUGAAACUGGAGAAUUGUCUUCUGCUGAUGAAAAACGUUAUCGUGCAUUGAAACGAACAGCAGAACGAGAAAUACUUAUGAAUACAGAUGUGAUUUGCUGCACCUGUGUGGGAGCUGGUGAUCCUCGCCUUGCCAAAUUGCAAUUUCGUUCCAUUUUAAUUGAUGAAAGUACUCAAGCUACUGAACCAGAAUGUAUGGUACCAGUUGUUCUGGGAGCCAAACAGUUGAUCCUUGUAGGAGAUCAUUGCCAACUGGGCCCUGUAGUGAUGUGCAAGAAAGCUGCAAAGGCUGGACUAUCUCAGUCAUUAUUUGAGAGGCUUGUGGUACUGGGAAUACGUCCAAUUCGUUUGCAAGUGCAGUAUCGAAUGCAUCCGGCACUUAGUGCUUUUCCUUCAAACAUUUUUUAUGAAGGGUCCCUUCAGAAUGGUGUUACUGCUGUGGAUCGUGUCAAAAAGGGAUUUGAUUUCCAGUGGCCCCAGCCUGAUAAACCAAUGUUCUUCUAUGUGACCCAGGGGCAAGAAGAAAUUGCCAGCUCAGGCACCUCUUAUUUGAAUAGGACGGAAGCAGCAAAUGUGGAGAAGAUAACUACAAAACUAUUAAAAGCUGGUGCCAAACCAGAUCAACUUGGUAUUAUUACUCCAUAUGAAGGUCAGCGAUCCUACCUUGUGCAAUAUAUGCAGUUUAGUGGUUCUCUGCAUACAAAGCUUUAUCAGGAAGUGGAAAUAGCAAGUGUUGAUGCAUUCCAGGGUCGAGAAAAGGAUUUUAUCAUUCUUUCCUGUGUAAGAGCAAAUGAACACCAAGGAAUUGGGUUUUUAAAUGAUCCCAGGCGUCUCAGUGUGGCACUCACCAGAGCAAGAUAUGGAGUCAUUAUUGUUGGCAACCCAAAGGCUCUGUCUAAACAGUCACUCUGGAAUCAUCUGUUGAAUUACUAUAAAGAAGAAAAAGUGCUGGUUGAAGGCCCCCUGAACAACCUCCGCGAGAGUCUAAUGCAGUUCAGCAAACCCCGUAAACUCAUCAAUGCCAUCAACCCAGGAGCUCGAUUCAUGACUACUGCCAUGUAUGAUGCUCGAGAAGCUAUUAUUUCAGGAUCUUUGUAUGAUCGUAAUGGUCCAGGCCGAUCAUCAAACAUGUAUUUUCAAACUCACGAUCAGGUUGGAAUGAUAAAUUCUGGACCCAGUCAUAUCACUGCUAUGAAUAUUCCUAUACCUUUUAAUCUUGUGAUGCCACCUAUGCCACCUCCAGGAUAUUUUGGACAAACUAAUGGUACAGCUCUAGGACAAGGAACAUCUAAAGGAAAAUCUGGUCGUGUGAUCCGCCCAAAAACUCGAUUGGGGAUUCCUGGAACUAGUCACUCUAACCUCCCGAAUAGUCAGGCAAGUCAGGAUGUGGUGUCCCAGCCAUUCUCCCAAGGUUUAAUGACUCAGGGCUAUAUUUCCAUGAGUCAGCCUUCACAGAUGAGCCAGUCAGGCCUUUCUCAGCCUGAAUUGUCACAGGAUAGUUACCUUGGUGAUGAAUUUAAAUCACAGAUUGAUGUAGCUCUCUCCCAGGACUCUACAUAUCAGGGUGAACGUGCAUAUCAGCAUGGAGUGACUGGCCUGUCACAGUAUUAGUAUGAUAAGGAAGAAAACCUAAGCUUGUGCAAAGUUUAGUCUAUCAUCAUCUUAUUCUGGGUAAUAAAAAGCCAAAAAACUAGAAUGGAGAGCAGUUUCCAGUGCUAUAAAUGAACUACCACUGGGCAAAAGCAAAAAGCAGAAAAAAGAAGGAUAAACCCAUCAGUGGAGAGAAGAGGGAGAGAAGAGGAUGAGAGACCACAGGCACAGUGAAGCAAGAAGAGUGAUUGGCAAGAAAGAAAAAUAUUUCGUUUGGCACACUGGAAAGAUGAAGUUGGUUUUGUGCAUCAGUAAACUACCAUCAUUCUGAUUACCCUACCAAAGUGAAUCUUCAGCAGAGAACCUGCUUCCCACCUGAUUCCAAAGUCCAAAGAAAGGGAAACCCAUAUGUCAGAGUUUUAUUUACCAGAAACUCCAUUUUAGUAGCAAAUAAUAAAUAUCCACUGUAAAUCUGCAGAACCAGGAUUUGAGGCUAGUAACUGCUAGUUAGAGCUUCACCAGAAGAGCAGAUUUGGUUGUUACCACUGACAUAAGAAACCUUGUUGUCAUUGAAUUACCUGAGUCCUGAAAGGAUUUUUCAUGAACUAUGGUUGCUUUUUAACUCUGAAAGGAACAGAUUUUUUUUUUUGCCGAAGCUAAAGAUGUAGCAUUUCAUGGAGAGAGGAAAGAUGCCCCUAUAAAAAAUGAAACAAAUCUAGAAUAAUUACCAAGACUAAAGAAAAUAUAAAAGUGAAUUUUAAAAUUUCGGUAUUUCAAAUUCUGCCUAUAAAAAAAGUAAUUACUGAGUAAUAGAGAAUAACACUUCUGCACUGCUAAAGGGGGUUUCAGGUGUUUUCCAAAUACUGUGCUUGGUUGUGUUUUGAAUUCAGGUGAAUGCCUUUGUCCCUAAACAGAAACAUUCGAGAACCAUGUUUCAUUGGCCCAAAAAUAUGUUGUAGAGAGUGGCAACUGGAGAUUAUUAUGGCUUUGGGAUAAAGAUUGCAAUUACUCUGAUGCAGACUUUGUCUAUAAAAUGGCAGAAAAAUGGGCAAUCAUUGGAAGGCAUAUUUUCAUCACCAGUUAUCUUGGGAGGUAGACAGUUGCUUUUGGUGACUUCUUCAGGGAUUUAAUGUAGAUAGAUGGUGAUUAUUAUUAUUAUUUUUGUUGGAAAAGAAUCCUCAAAAAACUAGAGAUUUCUUGAGGCACAGAAUGUUACAUUGGCAUCUUUCUUUCUAAAUUGUUCUAAAUAAAAGAAGGCUCAAAGAAGAACUUGCCUUUUGAAAUUUAUAGAAAUACCAGUUAUAAAGAAUGCUCAAGUUCUUUAUACUUAUUUUAUCAGUCCCUAGUUUGAAAUAUCAUCUAUUCUCAAUUGUUAAGUACAUAGUUGAAAUCUACUAGUGUAAAUAUUUUAAUGUUCUUAAUUAUUCAUCUUACCUUCAAAAUUUCUGAGUGUUUCAGGUUGUGACCUUGUUUAUUUGUUACUUUAUUGAACAGAAACACUCAAAUCGCAAAAUUGACUUUUCUCAAUUUGAAAAUAAAUCUUUUAAUUGAU